AGAUCGAGGAGCCCCACAUGACGUCCAUGUUGUUGAUCUGGCACAUGUCGACUAAGGAUGAUGAAAAAUAGCGUUGACAUUUCCAGUCAGAGGAACAUAUGCAGAUGUAAAAUGUGCAAAUAGAUAUUGCACCUGCAAACACGUGUCAUAGGUGGCUGAGACACGCAAAUCCUGCGCUACGUCACUGGAAAUUCAGGUUACGUGCUCGCCAUCCGCGAGGAUAAACUGUAAACAUGGCGGAGAAAAAUGCACCUCAGAUAAAAAUUGGUCACUAUAUACUUGGAGAUACACUCGGCGUUGGAACUUUCGGAAAAGUUAAAAUUGCCACCCACCACGUAACUAACCAUAAAGUGGCUGUGAAGAUUUUGAAUCGCCAGAAGAUCAAGAAUCUUGAUGUCGUUGGCAAGAUAAAGCGUGAAAUUCAGAACCUGAAACUAUUCAGACACCCUCAUAUAAUUAAGCUUUAUCAGGUGAUGAGCACACCCACUGAUAUUUUCAUGGUUAUGGAGUAUGUGGCUGGAGGAGAAUUGUUUGAUUACAUUGUUAAACAUGGCAAGUUAAAGGAACCUGAAGCGAGGCGAUUUUUCCAGCAGAUAAUAUCUGGUGUUGAUUACUGCCAUCGACAUAUGGUAGUGCACAGAGAUCUUAAACCGGAAAACUUGCUUCUCGACAGUACUCUCAACGUCAAAAUAGCUGACUUUGGUCUGUCCAACAUGAUGUAUGAUGGGGAGUUCCUCAGAACUAGCUGUGGCUCACCAAAUUACGCAGCUCCAGAAGUCAUCUCAGGAAAAUUGUAUGCUGGGCCUGAAGUUGACAUUUGGAGUUGUGGUGUUAUUUUAUAUGCUUUACUUUGUGGCACUUUGCCGUUUGAUGAUGAGCAUGUACCUACAUUAUUUAGAAAAAUUAAAUCUGGCAUAUUUGCUAUUCCUGAGUACCUUAACAAGGAAGUGGUCAGUCUACUCUGUCUCAUGUUACAAGUCGAUCCAUUGAAACGAGCCACAAUCAAAGGCAUCAGGGAUCAUGAUUGGUUUAAGACGGAUGUUCCAAAUUACCUGUUCCCUUCAGAUAAUGACCAAGAUGCCUCCAUUGUAGACUUUGAAGUUGUAAGGGAAAUCUGUGAGAAAUUCAAUGUGACAGAAAUGGAAGUGAACAGAGCCCUUAUGAGUGGAGAUCCAUAUGAUCAACUCAGCAUAGCAUAUCACUUAAUCCUGGAUAACAAUCGCAUCGCAGAUGAAGCUGCCGAUUCAGAGAUCCAGGAGUUCUACCUUGCCUCCAGUCCUCCUGUGGAUUCCUUCCUUAUGGCAAGAUAUGCACACCUUGGUGUGGGCUCCCCGCCCUCACAGGAUCAAGCUACCAGUCCUCUGAAACCACACCCAGAAAGGAUGCCAGAGAUGAAAAGUACAAGUCACACAUUGGAACCAUUGCUUGCAACAACAAACAAAGGACUUACUCCUUCAAAGAAGGCUAAGUGGCAUCUAGGUAUUAGAUCUCAGAGUAAACCUCAGGACAUCAUGCAUGAGGUAUUCCGGGCCAUGAAGACAUUGGACUAUGAAUGGAAGACUGUAAACCCAUACCAUGUCAAAGUUAGGAGGAAGAAUCCCGGCUCAGGCAGAUAUAGUAAGAUGAACCUACAGCUGUACCAAGUAGACCAGAAGAGCUUUCUACUCGACUUCAAGAGCCUGAGUUUGGUAGAUAUAUCAGAGCCGUCCCCUGCCAACUCCCUGUCCGACUCCAUGGGUCGUAGUAUGUCCGGCUCACCGCCGUCUUCCCUGUCCGACCUGGAUUACUCAUCAGACAAUGUCUUGUUCAUGCCUGAUGAGAAGAUGGAGACAGAUGAUGAGAUGCCUAAAUGUCAUGUAACUCUUGAAUUCUUUGAGAUGUGUGCAAAUCUGAUUACGACAUUGGCACGGUAACUAUCAUACCGAUCAAGCUACCAGACUGGAUACCAUGGUUACCAUUUGGGAGAGGUUCCAGAACAACGACUGGAACUUUAGGAACUAGUCUCAUCAUCAACCCAACACAUCUGGACAUAGCUAUGACAUUUUGACCUUGAUGGUCUGAAGUGGUUAACAAAGGGGAACUGAAUUGCUCUAUAGAACUGUUUUUAUAGGUUUUAUCUAGUCUCUAGGUAUAGAAAUAAAUGAUUGUAAAAACUGAGCAUGAAGCCGAUGACCUAGAAAAACUAGAGUUAACAACUGUAUAAGUUCAUACUAGGAUGUAUUCAUCGAAAUAACUUUUAAACAUGGACUGUCUUUGUUGGAAUUUUUGAUGCAAACUGAAUUAGUAGUUGAUGGAAAGGAUCAGAAAUAGGACAUAGCAACAGACGUAUGUGUAAAUCUGUACCUAUAGAGAUUCCAACAGACAGAUUUUGUUUUAUUUCUGCCUGCUGCCAGAAAUCAAGUGUGAUCACACACCAAGUUAAAGAAAUUUCUUAAGCAAUUAAACAAUUGAAAUUUUGAAAGAUAAUUCUCAGUGACUAAGAAUUUAUUGUAAGUUCUAAUCAUAUAACCUAGUCAAUUAUAUACUGAUGUGAUGACCCUGGCUGUUAAAAGGACGUUAAACAAAAUAAACCAAACCAAUACUGAUGUGAUGGUGAGCGCAUCUGGCAGUAUAAUUUAGGAUAUCGGGAAACCUUCUCGACACAUGCACAGUAAAAAGUCUAUAAUCAAUAAAAGGUAACGUUUACAAACGUUUUACUCAUCAUGUUACAGAUGACAUACUGGUUUUAUUGUAAAAUUGGUAUAUCAUAUUGAAUUAAUAUUUGUAAUAAAAUAAAAUGGGGAACGUUUUGAAAAAAAGUAUUGGUUAUUCAGUGUCUGUUAUGAGUAUAUGGACAUAUACAUGUAUACCGGUAGUAGAUAAAGGCCAAAGACAAAAUUGUAAUGUCUGGGGUGGGGGUAAACUUGCAAAUUGUCUGGGGAGGGGGUAGUUGUACCUGAGAUAAAAACAAAUUACUUGCAUUUUCAUAAAAUAGUAGUGUACAAAAUUCUAGUGCCUAUGUCUGUAGUACAUUAUAUUUUGUUUUAGACUGUUUAGGGCGAGCAAUAUUUUAUUGUUUUGAGCUGUUGUUACUGUUAAUCUAGGACGACAUCAUGGAGUGUUUUGCUAAAGACUGUGUCUGUGAUACAAGUAUUGUGAUGUUUUUGACACGGUAGGCUGAAGUCACUGAAAGUCAAGCUAUACCAAGGCUUACAGAUCAUUGUACUUAUUUAAUCAAGAGGCAUGCUAGUGUUGACCGUUAAUCAAGAGGCAUGCUAGUGUUGACCGUUUUAGAAGACUGUAAAAAGUAUACUAUGGAUACUGUAGAUUUGUGAAUUUUGUGCACCCUACACAACUGACCUUUGUGUACCUAUUGAUUCACAUUCUAAGUGUAUGUCUUUUGUUGUAUAUGAAUAAUUAUCACAUGAUUUGUUGAUUUGCUAAUUAUUUGUUAAAUGCAAUUUUAAGUACAAAAUGUGAGAAUGUACCGGUAAAUAGUCAUGCACAGUAAGAUGUUCACAACUAAAUUCCACUUUGUGAUUAUACUUGGUGAGGGAGAGUUAGCUGGGGAGAGGGGUUAGAUAUAUUGUUAUCCUGUUAUAGUGUGAAGGGAAUGAUUGUUGUGAAAUGGCUGACUGAUGCACUAUUUAUCUAAUAAUAAAUACAUUAUUGGUAUAUGUUUGGAGAUUUCAACACCUGAGUAAUUUGACAGUCCUUGUGGAUAUUAAGGUUGUAUAUAUUAAGUGUCUGUUGAUUAGUUUUGUAAUAUAUAUCUACAUGUAACAUGUUGGUCUGAAAUUAAAUCUAUAUACGAAGUAUUUUACUUCUUACUCUAGUGCUUUAUGAAUUAAUGACAUGGGCCUUGAUGCUGUUGUCAUUUUAGAUCUUUAACAGGUAGACACAUACCUGGACCUCUCUGGUGUGUGCUAGCUUAUAAUUAACUAAACCAGGCACAUAACCCCAUUAUAGAAUUAACUAAAUCCCUAUUUAUUUACACACAGUAUAUUUUUAAGUUACCCUUUUGGACUUGGUUAAAUUUUAGUUAGAUGGAACCAUUUUUUGUUUGAAGAUGAAUUUAAUUUUGACAUUAUGAGAUACAGGAACAGCAUGCGUUAAUAAAUAUAUACCAUAUAUGUCAUGUAUAUAUCAUUGUUUCACUACUAAUUUAGUACUUAGAAUGGAAACAAUUUGAGUUCCACACUUAAAUAUACUGUCUUGCAGUCUUAUGAUCCUACAGGUAUUCUGAAAAUUAUUUUUGAGUCUUGAAUUUGAGCUGUGAAAGUACUGUGAAUAGUGAGGAAAAUGAUAUAAGUGAUAUGAUUUUAAGUGUUAAUCGUGAGAUAUGGUAGAAUAAAGGAUGAAGCAUGACCAUUGUUUUAAGACUUGUAUGAUGGCAGCUUGUGUCCGCAAUCCAACCUAGAGGUUUUCUCCACAUUUACUCUUCAAGAGGAUUUUUCUUUGGUUAAAAUCAUGUUUGUUUAGUAACUUCUUUCAAAACUUGAUGAGUUACUUGUUCUGAUGUGAAAACACUUUACAAUGAGAUGAAGUACAUGUUAUGAAUAAUACUAGUUAUAACGGACAACUUGGGGAAAACUCAUCAAACACGUGUAUCAUGUAGAGUUAACUCCCCUUAGUAAUUAAUUCACAUGUUUGAAUUUAUAAGGACACUCUUAGUAAUGAAUUCUACUGUUUGAAUUUUUAAGGAUAAUUUAGGUAUUUGUUUCGCACAAUCUAAUUAAAAUACAGAUCACUAUUGUACACUACAUUAUGAAGUGUAUAAUGUAUUAUGAUUGAAAAUGAGAAACCCUAAAUAUAAAUGUUCGUUUACAUAACAGUUUAUGUCCCAAAACAUGUGUAGUUUAUAAUGUCUAGGUUGGAUGUUGCAGACACUACUGAAUUUACAAAUUCAUACGGAGUUGGACGCUCUUGUGAAUGAUCUGCCCUCUGGCAGCUAGAUUGUAUAUACUGAGUGUUUAAAGACUGUGGUUUAUCAGCGCUGAUGUUCACACAUGUAUUCACCAAUGCUGUAAUCGGUUCUAAAAUUCACCAAGUUUGUACCUACAGUUAAAUCAAAAACGUUUUCUUGGCUGAUCAAAUGGAUUUAUUGAGCUAUGAUCUGAAAGUGUAGUGAUGGGUAUGAAUCCUUAUUAUUUGAAGUUCAUAGAGAUAUGAAUUACAAAUUGGAUGCUCUUCACACUAGUCAAAAACAGGGACAGCAUGUACUCUCCAACCUGUUUGGUGUUGUACUUUUGGUUUAGUUUGUAUUGGUAGUUAUGCCAGGUCUGCUUAACAUGUCAAUAUAAAGCAUUUAUAGUCAUAACUGACAAACGUAUGUACAGUGUAAUGAUAAGUAAUGUGUACAGAGAUAAUAAAACAAUUAUUAUAUGGCAA